AUCUUCCAAAGUGGAGGUACGAAAAGUCCGCACGUGCAUUUCCAUUUUGUGAAUUUCCUAAAAUUUUGAUUGAAUAAAACCUGAAAAAUAGAAGUUAUAUGAGCUACUUAUGCCAAGUCGCGUAGAAGAAAAGAAGGAGAAAAAGUCCAAGAUGGAAGGGAAAUUAGGGAAAAAGGAUAAGAAGAAGAAUGGGAAGAAAGAUAAGGAUGAGAAAACCAGCAAACGAAAGUCUGCAGGCAGUGAUGACGAGUAUGCCGAACCACCAAAGCCAAAGAGAGUCAAGAAAACAGAGAAGAUUGAUAUGGAUGAUGCCGACAUUGACCCAGAAGAUCAGAAAAUUGAUGGCGCGUUUGAGAAGUUCAAAUUAUCAGAACCUGUCAUUGAGCGACUAAAAGUUAAAGGCAUCCAGUAUCUUUUCCCUAUUCAAUCAAAGACCUUUGACCAUGUGUUAGCUGGACAGGACAUGAUUGCACAAGCGAGAACUGGAAGUGGAAAGACAUUAUCAUUUGUACUCCCAUUGGUUGAGUUACUACGGAAGGAGACAUGUAAAAGGGGACAGCCGCCGAAAGCUUUGGCCCUGGCACCCACUAGAGAGUUGUCAAAGCAAGUUCACGAUGACUUUGAAGCUAUUGCUGGUAAAGAUCUCGCUGUGACGUGCAUAUACGGUGGCACAUCAUACAUACCGCAAGAGACUGCCAUUCGGAAUGGUCUAGAUGUCGUCAUAGGGACCCCUGGGAGAAUACUUGAUUACGUGAGAAAGGGCACUCUUGACUUCUCAAAGCUGCAAUAUGUCAUCCUUGAUGAAGUCGACCAAAUGUUGGACAUGGGUUUUGCUGAUAAUGUGGAGGAAAUCCUUAAAUCUGCUUACAACCGAGAAUCCCAGAAGAAUCCUCAGACCUUGUUAUUCUCAGCGACCGUGCCCAAGUGGGUAAAUGAAGUUGCCAUGAAAUAUAUGAGUGACGAUUUAGUCCGGGUUGACAUGGUCGGUCGCGAUCGAAUGAAAACUUCUACCACCGUCAAACAUUAUGCCAUCAAAUGCAGCUAUCAAGACAGAGGAUCAACUAUCGGAGACAUCGUUCAGGUGUACAGUGGGAGUCAUGGCCGAGCCAUGGUGUUCUGUCAGACGAAGAAAGAUGCUGAUGAACUUGCAUGCGGAACUGCUAUCAAACAGGACACACAUGUGUUACACGGAGACAUUCCACAACCAAAACGAGAAAUUGUAUUGAAGAAAUUCCGUGAAGGUAAAUACCGCUGCCUGGUAACUACAGAUGUCGCCGCACGUGGUCUUGACAUUCCAGAGGUUGACUUGGUUAUUCAGUGUGCACCACCAAAGGACGUUGACUCGUACAUUCACAGAGCCGGUCGAACUGGUCGGGCUGGAAGAGAAGGGAUCUGUGUUUGCUUCUAUAAACCUAGGGAAGAUAAUGCCCUCUAUUGGGUCGAACAGAAAGCGGGUAUCAAGUUCAAAAGAAUAGGAGCCCCGACAAUGGCAGAUAUUAUAAAAUCGGCUUCAGAUGAUGCCGCACGGUCACUGGACUCUGUACCACCGGCUACGUUAGAACAUUUCAAAGGGGCUGCGGAGCGAGUGAUAGAGGAUCGAGGUGCUGUCAAUGCACUGUCGGCUGCUUUAGCACUUAUUUCAGGGAGCACGGAUAUCAAGACGAGGUCGAUUUUGACUUCACAAGAGGGUUAUACUACUUAUCUAUUCACAACAAAUAUUGUGAUGAACACGAUAGGCUACUGUUGGCGGUCGUUAGAGCGGUCUAUACCGAUGGAAGUCAAGGAGAAGAUAAAAGGAAUGAGGUUUACCAAAGAUAGAAUGGGCUGUGCAUUUGACCUGCCAUCAGAACACAACAACGUCAUAGAAGACCGCUGGGUCGAUGGGAAAUUCGAUAACCUGACAAAGGCCACUGAACUGCCUGAGUUACUAGAUGAGGGUUACCAAGGAGGGGGCGGUUAUGGUGGUGGUUACGGAGGAGGGAAUUUCGGCCGAGGUGGAGGCGGUGGUUAUGGAGGUGGGCGAAGUGGCUAUGGAGGCGGGGGAGGAUAUAACAAAAGUCGUGGUUACAACGAUAACUCGUGGGGGAAGAGUAAUGGAGAUUCGCGGAAUAGUGGUGGAUUUCGACGGGGAGGAGGUGGUGGGGGUUACAGGGGUGGGCGACGGGAUUUCAGGGACUAUUAGGCAAUAUUUCAAGACAGUGCUGGACCAAGAAGUUAUCAUUCUGUUUCUGGACAUGUGGGUAUUUUGACAGCAAAGUUCACAUUUCUGUUUCUGUCAAAAUACCCUCGUGUCUGAAAGUACUUUGUUGUCAUUGAAUUACUAAAUAAAACCUUUUGACAAAGCUGUUGUUAGUGGUCAUAAAUCAUGUAUUGUGAUGAAAGAAGCAUUGUGUCCCCUUCGAUAGUGUAUGUUUCAAAGUGGCAGCCAUUUUGAUUGUGGGUAUUAGUACAUAUUAUUAUGGUCAUAUUAUUAUGUAGAACGAGAACUAAUUUACAGUCAAAUCUUGUCACAACAAACCUCCAAUACUGGGGGGACUUCGUGACAGGUUUCAACUGUAAACCAUUGUGUGAAAUGUACACACUGCCACACAGUUGUGUUCAUCGGGGUUGAUAUAAGUACUUUAUACAUUAGCUGUGACUUGAUUGCCGUUGUUUAAUGAGUUGUCCUAAAUAAUGUGAUUUUUAUCUAAAUUCUUCUGGAUUGAAAUGUAUCUUUCACUUCAGUACUUUGUCAAAGCAGUCAUAUGUUGAUUGUAUUUUCCUUAUUACGAGAAUGUUUCUCCAUGUAGGUCAAGGUGUGUUAAUAAUGGUUAAGAGGGGCUGUGCUGAUGAUAAAGUUAGGUACAUUCAUGUAUACGAGGGAAUGUGGGGAUAUCAUAGUUGUAUCUCAUAAUUAGGAAAUAGCACAACAAGUAGGAUUUGUCGGCCUAGAAAAGUGAAAAGCGGUCAUUUUGGUAAGGAAUAUGUCCCAUAAUCAAUAUUGUCACAGUGGCAUAUUAUUGGUGUCAGAUUGUGUUUCUUCAUGCCGUUAAUUUUCCCAAUUGUUUGCUGACCGUAUGAUUACCUCAGGAAUAUCAUAAUUAUAUGUUCGCUGUGUUGAUGUGGCCCUUACAACGUCAUGAUAACUAUUUUCAGUUCUUGGUUGUCGAGUAGAGUUUGAGAGAUCUGCUAGAUUUGUGGUAAAAUGUCCUAAAUGUAACUUAGAUUUGUAUAACCCACUGUGUAAUGAAUGAGAGUCGGAAUCAGUACGAUAUAAAUAUAAUAACAAUUGGCUUAAAAAUCAGGAGAAAAUCUACUGAACUAAAAUGGCAGCUUUUUGGAUAAUGGAGGGGGAGAGUAGCUGUUGUUUAUUGUUUUAGAAUUUCCUUAUUUUAGGAUGGGGAUGAUUAGGUCAUUAUCUCAUUGUUGCAUUUCCUUCACUGUUAUAAUGUAAUGAUAUGUAAAUACCACUUUAAAUAGUCUAUUUGAGGCUUUCACUGAUGCAGAAAUCCAGGUGGCAUCUUAUAUUGUUAGUGGAUGCAACAUGAUUUCAAGGAGUCUUUGCUCGAACUGAAGGAAAUUAAAAAAUGGCGCACAAUUUUGGUAUGCAGGAAUUCAAGACAUACUUCUUCAGUUGAUUUCUGACUUGAACUAGUGGAUCAGUAAGGAUUAUCUAUAAAAGAUGACAACUAUUAACCUUCACAGUCAUGGUGCAUUCAAUGAUAUUUUACUUCUUUGUCAAAUGAUUCAAUAUUAUCCCAAAUUUGUAUUGACACUGAUAAAUGAAAAAGUGUUCAGGAACACAGAACUGGAAUAAAAUUGUAAAAUUCAACAAUGA